GACACUGGAGGUGGGUCACGUGACGCGGCGGGGCCCGCCCGCUUCCUCGCUGCUUAAGCAAGCGCGCGGGUGGCCCUGCGGGGAGUGGUCAGGUAUGGCCCCCACGUCGCCUGAGGCCGAGAAGGCGCCGGGCAGGAUCCAGAAGUACUUCACAGCUAGCACAUGCCGCUCAGCCCCAAGGCGGACCCUUACAAUGAUUCAGCCUUCAGCAGCAGGCUGCCUUGUUGGCAGAGGCAAUCAGCCUACCAAAUCCUCAAUCAAGAGGAAACUUUGGAAUAACCACUUAACUUCGAAGAGUUGUAAAGCUGAAGUUGUCAAAAGAGAACAAGAAAAUGAGAGUCUAAAUGACAUCACUCAAGCUGUGGAUCUUAUGGUAAAAAAAAGUCCCCCAUCUCAGUACUGGAAGGAAGUGGCUGAAGAAAGGAGGAAGGCUCUGUAUGAAGUACUUCAAGAAAAUGAAAAGCUGCACAAAGAAAUUGAACAAAAAGAUGGUGAAAUUGCCCAUUUAAAAGAAGAAAAUGAUGAACUGCUGUUACUUGCAGAGCACGUGCGGUAUAUGACAAACAUGAUUGAAAGACUGACUGGGCAGGUACCUGACAGCCUUGAAGCAUUAAAGGAUCUAGACUUGGAAGAACUUAAACAGGAGGAUGAGGAGAGGGAUUUGGGAAGUAAUUUAAAUAGUGAUUCAGAAGAGGAGUCUUCAAAGUCACGUUAUUCUGAGGAGAAUGCUACAGUCUCAUGUGUGAACAACCCAAGAAGUCUGUGAAACUAGCUUGGAAAUGUAAAUAGCCAGGGUUUGUGUUUUGCAGCUUCCAUUUUUUUUUUUUUUCUUAAUUCUGAACUCAUUCUUGGACAAACCUACUGCCAAACUUACCUCAGGUACAAUUGUUGAAUUUUGUGGAAGCUUUAAAGAUGAUGCAGCAGAUUUUAACUGGUGAUAUGUAGCAGUGGAAAUAUUUGUAUACUGCCUAAACAAGGUUUUAGAGGUCACUUGUAUAAAUGCAAAUACUAUAUAUUUCUAAUUUGUUUUGUAAAUAGUUAUCAGUUGGUCUGAGACGUACUGUGUGUCUCACAUACUUGAUUUAAAUAAACUUUACUCCUGCAACCUUUCU